GUUAACCAGAAGUCCAGAAUCCAGAUUGAGCUAAUUCAAGAAUUUCACUUGAUGGCAACGAAAACGCACGACAAAUUGCCUAGGCUUCUUUGCUUGGCAGUUGAGUUGUCUGCUUCCUUCUCCAACUUCCAAAAUCUCAUAUGGCUUAACCUUCAAAUCACAGUAUCUCAAUCCUUACCAGCUAGCUAGCCAAUUUCAGUCUCACCCUCUUUCUUCCAUCUUUCUGAACUUUUGGAGUAAAAGCUAAGGAAUCUCAAACCAAACCUAUCAUCAAAUAUUGUCUCAUCUCAUUCUCCACGUUUCAACCCCUUCAUCAAUUCCCAUUUUGACUACACACCAAAAAAAAAAAAUGGAAAUCCAAACUAGUCUUCAUGAUCAUGAUGAGAAACCUAUUUCGCCACCAGCAGCCUCAGAUUACGGAUCCAAAGUUGACACUUCGCGCCCUUUUCGUUCUGUCAAAGAAGCUGUAGCCAUCUUUGGGGAAAGAUUCCUGGCUGGAGAAAUAUAUGCUCCGAAGGCAUUCUCAUUUCCAAAACAAGAAACACCAUGCUUCUACACACCCUCACCGAGCCCCAAAAAGUCUCAAGAACUCGAGUCAUGGAAAUCAGUUGACAGCAACGAUCCAAAUCUUGCAGAGUUUCUCAAGAAGCUCGAAGCUGAGCUCGAGGAGACAAAGAUGGAGCUGAAAGUGCUGAAAGAAAAAGAAUCAGAGACUGAAGUAGCGCUAGCUUCUCUCAAUGCUGAGCUUCACAAGAACAUGUCUAGACUAGCUCAAGCUGAGGCAGCUGCUGCUGCAAAGGCCACGAUGGCUUCAAGAUCAGCGAUUCCUGAUCGAAAACGAGAUGACGAUCAACGAGAUGGCCUUACAGUUACAGACGAGGAGAGGAGAAAGGAUUUGCUUGUGAGGCUGGAGACUUCACCAACUUUGGCACAAAUGUUGGAUACUGCUGCAGAAAAGGAAGGUUUGUUUGGAGGAAGGUACAAGGAGAAAAAGACGAUUAAAAAGAAGCCCAUCAUUCCUCUGGUGGGAGAUUUGUUCUCAAGGAAAAAGGGAUCUUCUACUUCAAUGAUUAAUCCUCUGUGUGCAUCUUCUCAUGUGAAUCUGAACUGAUAGGAAACAUACCACAUGAAGUUUUAUGCAAUAACUUAAAAAGUGCAUGUUAUAAGUCUGGUGAAAUUAGAGGAUCUUCAAAACAUAUGCAUUAUUCAUGAUGAAAAUGCAGGGGAAAACAGAAAAAGGGAAUGGAAAGGAUGUUUCAUUUGCAUCAUGGAAAAAAAAAAGAAAGCAUACUUGUUCAUUCUUAUGGAUUAUUAUUGUGAGAAAACUGUUGUAUUCUGUAAAUGUGUGGCAU